UUUAAUUUAUAUUAAUAUACUGCCUUGAUGGCAAAGAUCAUGUAGAAAAGGAGAGAAAAUAUUUGUGUCCCUUCUGUCUCUCUCUUUCGCGGCUGCGCAGUAACGAUCAGCUGAUUAGCGCAACAAUCAGCUGAUUGAAUACUCACAAGUGAUUUUAGUCCUUCUAAUUUAUCUUAUCUUUAUCAUGCUUAAACAUUUACAAUUUUUUGCUAGCACACGAUAUAAUAAGAAGAUACAUAUUCUAUUGUGUAUUGUAUAAUGGAGUAUUUUUAGUAUUCAAUAUUAUCAAUACUGAAAUAGUAUGAAUUGAAAUCUGACGAAAUCUGGCGAAAUCUUUAAAAAACCGUUUUCUUUUCAGCAUACUUUUUAAAUACAACCCAGCGCAUUUUUACAUAUUUUAUACAUAAUUUUGCAAACUUGUUAUUUAUGGUACCUGUAUUUCUGAUCGACAAAAAGAGAGAAAAAGGAAGUUAUAUAAUAGAAAAAAAUAGUUUUAAAAAUUUUUUGCCAGCAAGCACUUAAAUGUAUAUAACAACGCAUAGAAAACUGAAAAUACAAGAAAAGUACUUGUGUGUUGUGACUAAAUAAAAAUAUUUCAGUAAGCAAUUUAUAUAGGAUUAUCAAAGAUAGAACACACAAAUAUAAGUAAAUAGUAAAUUUAUAGUCGAAUAACUGCUCACAUUUAUAAACUUGCAAAAAAAGAUAUUUUUUUAAUUGCUAAGAAUGUUGAGAACAAGAUUGUUGCGCCAUAUAAAUCCAAAUAAUUAUUUUGCAACUCAUCAUUUACUUUCCAAACGCUUCAAAUAUGUUAGUACAGGAGUGGCACUGUUGAGCGUUAGUUACGCUAUUUUGCCUUCAAAAAAAAAAAAAGUUUUAAAAAGCGUUGCAGGAAGUUGCAUCAGAUUUACGAGAUCACUGAGAAUUGGCGUGACAAUAUCUAUGGAUUACUUGAUUGCUCCUUUAAUGGGUUAUACAGAAACGGAAAUUCAUCAAAGAUCUGCCGAUCGGAUCGUUCAAGGAUGUUUGCAAAACGGUGGAAUUUAUGUAAAGCUCGGGCAAGGCUUAACAGCAGUUAAUCACAUUUUACCAAAAGAAUAUGUCGAAAGUUUGUCAGUAUUACAGGACAAAUGCUUAACUCGAGAGAAGGAUGAAAUGGAAGAAAUAUUUUUACAAGAUUUUGGCAAAAAACCUGAGGAAAUAUUACGCGAAAUUGAACCUGAGCCAGUCGCGGCCGCUAGUUUAGCUCAGGUAUACAAAGGUGUAACUCUAAAUGGGGAUAAAGUGGCUAUUAAAGUACAAUAUAUUGAUCUUCAGGACAGAUUCACAUCCGACUUGAAGGCAAUGAUUUAUUUAUUAAAAGCUAUUACCAUUAUACACCCCAAAUUCGAUUUGCAUUGGGUGCUUGAUGAAGUCAUUGACACAUUGCAUAUGGAAUUGGAUUUCGAGAACGAGGGAAGAAAUGGAGAGCAAUGUGCUAAAGAUUUAAAGAAAUUCGAAUACGCUUAUGUGCCAAAAAUUCAUUGGAAUCUUAGUAGUAAGAGGAUUCUUACGACUGAAUGGAUUGAUGGUAUUAAAAUCACUGAUGUGGAAGGACUCAAGGCUCAUGGAUUAAACAUUUCGGAUGUUGAUAAAAAACUGGUCACUUUAAUGGGAGAACAAAUAUUUCAUACAGGUUUCGUACAUGCUGAUCCACAUCCAGGAAAUGUUCUGGUAAGGAAGGGGAAGGAUGGAAAAGCGCAAAUAGUACUACUAGACCAUGGCCUGUACGAACGGAUAUCAGAAAAGACGAGACAUACUUUGUGCAACUUGUGGGAAUCGAUGGUUUUGAGAGAUGAAAGUUCCUUGAAAACUCUUGCAAAUGAUUUAAAUGUGAAAGAUUACAUACUGCUAGUGGAAAUGUUAACUCAAGCACCGUACAAAAUUUCUUUUGCAUCAUGUCCAGACAAUAUGACACUGGAUGAGUAUAUGAAAAAACGAGUACAAGAACGAUUUGAUAAAGUAACAGCUAUAUUGCAAUCAAUGCCAAAGAGUAUGAUGUUAGUAAUCAGAAACUUGAACACAAUACGAGCUAUUAUUAAGGAUCACGGGGACAUUAUUAAUCGGUAUAGGAUAAUGGCAAGAAUUGCGACAUGUGGCAAGUAUCAAACUGCGAAACGAUCCUACCUCAAAAAUGUCGCGAGCAUCGGCAGUGUCAUAAAAUUCGAAACUCAUAUCUUCUGCAACAAUCUUCUACAAUGGAUGUCUAAACUUUAUCUAAUUCUUUUGAAAUUACUUGGUUAUGAUGUUACAUCAAUUUUGCAAACGUUGUAGCAAUUUAAUUAAAAUUUGUGUAUGUUGCAAUUA